AUGGAACGCAUAAAACAAAAAAAUAUUAUAGAAAUUUCUUUUAUGAUUGAGGGAUAUCCCGUAAGGCAUGGCGAGGAUAAAAGAUAUUCUUGUGUUUUAAACUUCUCAAAAGAAUAUAAAUAUCUGCAUUGUAAGAUUUGGUGUGGUUGGCUUGACAUAAUGUUUUGGUUAUUCUUAUUAUUGUUGGAACAAGGCGAGGGUUUAUUUAUUAUAAGAUAUUUAAAGAAGACAAGUCAAAUGUCUCACAAUGCAGAAUAUUUUUUUACAGCUAAGUAUUCCUACAAUUCUAACUCACUUUUGAAAUUUUAA